UUAAAUAUUUUGUUAAUUUUUUUUUCAGCUGCAGUGUACCAAGCGAAUGCUUCCCUAUUAGAACAAUUAGUGCAUCAAUCAUGACUCGAUUUUUGAAGCUGGUGCGCCAUCAGGAUGGCAAAUGGAAAGCUUUACCCACUGAAACUGAUGAUUUAGCUCAAGUAGUACUUAAAGAAAGAAAAUAUGCUCCAAUAGAUCCUGCUCAGCUCCUUAAAGCUCUUGAUUCUCUUCUCUCUGUGGAUGGAGGAAUAAGAAGUGUCGAAGAUGUGCCAAGAUUAGCUAGUUUGAUGAAGAAAUUUUCGAAAAAACUUGUCAGCCGUUGUGUUUAUUGCAAUGUACUUCAAGCUACACAACCAGAAAUACUUUCAGAGUAUCUAGAUAAAGGUGGAUGGGAAACUAUUAAUACUUGGCUUCAGUACGCAAAAUCAUCAUCGUCUCAUUGUUUCUUGUUAGAAAUGCUCAAAUUGUGCAAACAGCUACCUAUGACUUUGAGCAGGCUGAAGGAAAAUAAUACUGCGAAACUGAUUAAAGCAUUGACGAAGCAUGAAAAUUCAGAAGUGAAGACUCUUUCUUCUGAAGUUGUAACCAAAUGGAUGUCUAUAAUUAAAGGAACAAAAGCUGAAGUUCCUGCAGCAGGAGGAAAAAAGAAAAAGAAAAAAGUAACAAAGCCUGAGGAAGACAAAAAAGAAGAAGAAAAGCCUGCUGUAGAAACUGUUAAAGAGCUAGUUGACAAGAAUCCUGCAAAGAUAAAAGGAGUGAAACGCACGUCAAGUGAAAAAGAGGCUAAAAAAGUUGAGUUUUAUGAAGAUGUAAAAAUUGAUCCUGAGCCCUUAUUGCCUCCUCCUAAAAAGCCACGGCCUGAUCGACCGAAGACAGUGAAAUUAUAUCAGAAAAAAUUCCGUGCCACUGGUUUAGAAGAAGCAACUCCAUUGCCAAAGAAUAUUCCCAAAAAGGCUCCUACUGUUGAUAAAAGUGCACUUGCUGUUGUUAAAAAUGCUCAGGUGAAAAUUAAUGCUCCUGAUAGGAUACUAGAGAAAAAAAUAAAGCCUGAAAAUCUUAUGGCUAUUAAUGAAAAUUCAGCAGCUAACAAAGGCAUCAAAUUGAUUCCUGCAAAGCCACGACCAGCACAUGUACUUCAUGAAAGUGCAAGUUUUAUGGAUGCAUUAAUAUCACAACCAAUUGUUCCUGUAAAAAGAAAGAAAAAAGUGCAACCUAAUAAAGCAGCAACUUCUCCUACAUCUCCCACUUUAACUGCUCCAAAAUUGCAAUUUUACAAGGAUACGUUAGAAAUGAAUGACGAGGAUAAAAAAGAAGAUAAAGAUUCUGCUACAAAUGAAGAAAAAAUUACAAGUUCAGAAGAGAAAAAUAGUGCUAAUAAUCAAGAAGAAAGUGAGCCAAUGGAUACAACUGAGGAAGGAGGACAAACACCUCCUAAUGAAGAAUCAACAGAUAUAGUUAGUCCAUCUGAAAAUUCCCAGGAGUCCAAAGAUAGCAAAACCCCAAAUGUAGCUGUCGAUCCAAAUAAAUUGAAAUCAAUUUUAUCACAUGGAAGAAGGAGAGGAAGGAAGAAGUCUGUGAAAUGGGUUGAUGAUUCCAGUUUGAAAGAAAUUUUUUACUUUGAAAUGGAUGAAAAUGAAAGAGUUAAUGUGCUGAGAACUCAAAACUUUGGCGAUCUGAAGUCUAUUGAAGUAAAAAGAGAAAGAGAAGCCAUGGAAUUAGCCAAGCGACAAGCUGGUGAUAGAAUGGAAGAAUCAACUCGGUGGUGGAUAACUCCUAUAUUAAUCGAUGUACCACCUCCUCUGGUGGAAGUUGGCUGUGAAAGUGUAGAGAAAGAUUUGGAAAGGUAUAGGCAGCAAUGUACAUUACAAGAAAUCUAUUUCACAAGAGAAAUGAUACCAGAUUCUCCACAUGAACCAGAUUUAGAAAUUGUUCCAGCACAAGAACCUAAAGUCAUUCCUUUAGAUGAAGAAAAUUCUAUUGGCUCAGUAAUGGAUUAUUCAAAUUAUAAAGCUCCAAAGCCUCAGUUACCAGAAGUUUUAACAUCCUUAAUUCGAUCAACUGGCCAGACUCAGAAUCAGAAUAUUUCUCAAGAACAACAGAUGCCAAAUGAUCUUAACAAUAUUUUAAAGCAACCUAUAUUAAACCCUGAAAUUACUAACCAGCAACAUAUUCAAGUACCAUCAUCUUCACCAUAUGAUCCAGCGGAACCAGUGUCUGUUAUGCCUUCAAACAGUUUACUUGGACCUCCUCCACCGUUGCAAAAUAUGUUUGGUAUGUCACAAGAUGUCCAAAAUAUGAACUCUCAAAAUGAUUGGCGGCCAUCAGAAGUGAUGCAGCCUGAUCAGUUUUUUGGUGGUUAUAUGAAUCCAAACAUGGUUCAUGAUCCAGUUCCAGGCAUGAAUAUGAGACCAAGAAUGGUGCAAGAAAUGUUCCGACCUCCAAACAUGCACAAAGUUCCACCUCGAGGAAUGGGUCCUCGACCAAGAAAUGUUCACAAAGUUCCAUGUCGACACUUCAUUGCAGGAGGUUGUCGAUUUGGCAUGAAAUGUUCCUUCUUACAUCCUGGAAUUAAUGGGCCUCCAUUAUAGUGUGAUAGGCAAUUCUUCAUGUGAAAAUGUGCCUUUUCAGUAUUACUGUGAUAUGGACAUUUCAUUCAUGGCUUCCAUUAUUGACUAUUACUGCUUUUUGAGAAAGCAGAAGCCUAUCUCAUGCCAUUAAUGUACAUACUAUUUACUGUACAGAUUGUGAAUAGAUACCAUGCGGAGCUGAAUUCACAGACUAGUAUUAAAAAUUGAUCAGAAAUCACGGAAUGAUUUCUUUUGCUUUAGUUUGCAUUCCACGUAAAGGGUGUGCUUAAUUAAUUUGGACAGCUGUUAAAUUCUAUAAACUUUAUAAAUACAGAAUUGCUGAUUUAAGUUUGUGGGAAAAUAAGCAUUUAAUAGUGAAUUGGUGAUUGGCAUUGCUUUUGGUUUGACAAAGCAUAAAUUUUCAUGUUACUUUAUGCAUGCUGAAAUUUGUUAACAUUGUCUUGAAAAUGUGUACUUUGCUGAAAAUAUUUUCUUUCCCCCCCUUCAAUAUUUCAGUGCAAAACCAAAUAAAUAGUUUUAAGGUGGAAUUUAAAAAUUUGUCUCUUAAUCUGAUAUUUGCAUUUUAAUUGGUCAGAUUUUCUUUAAAAGAUUGAUAAUAAGUAUAAUUUAUAAGGAUAGGCAAAUGAUCUGCUCCAUUUUAUUUCUGGGAGUAGUUAAAAAUAAAAUGUUCAGAUAUUCCACAGAUGAGUAAUUGCUUUCAUAAAUAAAUAAAAAAAAAAAAAAAAAAAGAAAAAAAUAUUAAGAAAGAUUAGCAGACAUGAAGUUCUGCAAGUUUUCCCUAAAUUUUUCUUGGUGUGCUUUAAAAAUUUUACUACCUAGCUCGUUUUCCCAAUUUUUAUAUGGAUAAGGUUAUUGAUAUAUUUCAUCAUUUGCUCACAAUGUGAAAGCCUUUGGCAAUUUUUAGUUUCUUUUUAGAUACACUGUUUUAUUUCUGUACAUAUUUUAUUGUAAAUAUGUUGUAUAGUAUUAUGUUUUUUUAUGUAAAAAUGCAACACUUGACUGAAAGUUUAUUGCAAGUAAUAUAAAAGUUUAUGUGUAUAUAUGUGAUGCUCAUACUUGAAUUUCUUUCUAAAGGAAUUAAAAAUAAUGUUCAUUUAAGAAAAAGAGUGCUAUUGUGAGCAGAAGCAAUUCAAUAAAAUUUAAAUAUUUUCUUUUAUUAUAAUGCUUGCAGUUCUUUCAGCCAAGUAAUGUAUAAUAUGUACAUUGUAAAAAGAAAUACUGAAUAUCUUUUAUUUGCAGUUAUAUAAAAAAUUAUUAAUUAAA